AUGGUGAUCACCGGCACGGUUCAAGGAUGGACAACAGUCUCUCUGCCCCAAUUAAAAAACGGCACCUACGACAACUUACCAUUCUCAAUAACGAAUGAAGAGAUAUCAUGGAUCGUCUGUUUGAAGGGGAUCGGUUCUAUAAUCGGCCGACUGUUAGCUUACAAUUUGGUCAACAUGAUCGGUCCUAAAAGUUGCCUCCUGUUAUCCUGCCAAUUUUUCAUCUCAGGUUGGUUCCUCGUGCUGAACGCGACCACCUUGCCAAUCUUGUGCAGCGCUCGAAUAAUUCUCGGCAUAGGCGUCGGUAUAACCAAUACGGUGUACCCUACGUACAUAUUGGAAAUGGCGGACAGCAACGUGAGAGAUGCCUUGACCACGUUGUCCGUGACGAGCGUACCUUUUGGAUCGUUGAUGAGCUUCUGCAUAGGAUCCUUCGUGAGCGACGCGACCCUCGUCAAGAUUCUUCUGUACCUAUCGAUAUCCUCCAUCCCGUUGCUCGCAAUUUUCCCCGAGAGUCCUCUCUUCUUGACGAGGAAAGGUUGCAUAACCGAAGCUUGCGAAGCGAUAUCAUUCUUCAAGGACACAUCUAACCUACACGAGGCGAGAAAGGAAUUGGUGUUCCUUCGAAGGGCGCACUCGAGCGACGCGCGAAAAUACAGGUACAAGAGCGAUCGAAUCACGAACGAUGAAUUACGAGAGGCGACGAGCAAAGGUGGAAAAAGUUGGUUGAAAAAGUUGCCCCUAAUACUAUUGCCGAACAACAUAUACGCUCUGUUCAUUGGAUUCCUAUUGAUCACGGUGCAACACUUCAACGGUUAUUUCUGCAUCAUGGAAUAUUUUCUGAUAAUAUACGAGAAAAAUAUAAUUGACGCAGAUGUAAAUACAGGGAUGAUACUGAUUCUGAGCACAGCGCUCGUAUUCGCAUUUUACUUCGGCACGACGUUGAGAAACGCGAAAAGGCGAGGGCGUAUAAUGCAAUCUACGAUCCUGUGCAUGUGCGUGUUAAUUAUAUGGGGCCUCGAUUUUACGUUCUUUAUUAGGAUUAACAACGGUGAGAACGUAAGUAAUCCGAUAGUGUUCGCAAUUUUGUACCAGAUAACGUUUCAAUUAGGGUUAGGGAUGAUACCCAACGUUGUUAUCGACGAAAUAUUUAGCCCGGAAUUGAAAGAUGUAGCUGCUAUCGUCGUGAUGAUUUACGACGAUAUGCUUUAUUUCGUCCAGUCGAAAAUGUACCUGAAUUUUAACGAGAAUAUUGGAAUCGAUAUGGUGUAUUAUUAUUUCGGGAUAUCGUGCUUAUUUUUCUUCAAGUUUAUUGAUCUUUUUAUGCCCGAGACGAGAGGUAAAACGAACCGUUUGAUACAAGAGAUCCUAAAGGAGGAUCUCACUUAUAUUUUAGGAAUUUAUAUGCUUAUAGACUUAAUCGACUAA